UUCUCGUUAGCUUCUCGUUAGCUGAAUGUAAAUCAGAAGAACAAACCUUCAGCUCGGUUCCGGAAGCAGAACGGAGAUGGACCGAGACCGGAAGCUGCUGCUGCACGAGGAGAAGCGGAGAAGAAGAACAGAUGUCCAGCAGCUGUUGGUGGUUAAAGAAGAGGUUCCUUCUGAGCAGCAGGAGUGGAGCUCCAGUCUGGACCAGGAGGACCCAGAGCCCCCCCACAUUAAAGAGGAACAGGAGGAACUCUGGACCAGUCAGGAGGGAGAGCAGCUUCAAGGGCUGGAGGAGGCUGAUAUCACCAAGUUCACAUUCACUCCUGUCCCUGUGAAGAGUGAAGAUGAUGAAGAGAAACCUCAGUCCUCACAGCUUCAUCACAGACGUACUGAACACAUGGAGACAGAAGCUGAUGGAGAGGACUGUGGAGGACCAGAACCAGACAGGAACUCAGAUCUAGAUAGAGGUCCAGAACCAGAUCCUGAUGAGGAGACUGGAGACUCUUCUGAACCUGAGACUGAUGUCAGUGAUGAUGAUGAUUAUGACACGAGAGAACCUCAGCCAGGUUUAAACUCUGUGAGAAAUAACGUGAGAAAUACUGACAGAGAAUCUUGGUCACUGGAGAAGCACAUGAGGGUCCACACGGGGGAGAAACCAUUCAGCUGCUCACUUUGCAGUAAAAGAUUCAGGCAGCGUUCUGAUUUGGUUGCACACUUCAGAAUCCACACAGGAGAGAAACCUUUUUCCUGCUCGGUUUGUGACACGAGUUUCACUCAGCGUCACACUUUGGUUCAGCACAUGAGAACCCACACGGGGGUGAAACCUUUCGUCUGUUCGGUUUGCGGGAAGAGUUUCUCACGGAAGGGACACAUGACGAGACACAUGACGGCUCACACAGAUGUCUACAAAGUUCUCAUCAGUAAAGAAGAGGUUCCUCCUGAGCAGCAGGAGUGGAGCUCCAGUCUGGACCAGGAGGAGCCAGAGCCCCCACACAUUAAAGAGGAACAGGAGGAACUCUGGACCAGUCAGGAGGGAGAGCAGCUUCAAGGGCUGGAGGAGGCUGAUAUCACCAAGUUCACAUUCACGCCUGUCCCUGUGAAGAGUGAAGAUGAUGAAGAGAAACCUCAGUCCUCACAGCUUCAUCACAGACGUACUGAACACAUGGAGACAGAAGCUGAUGGAGAGGACUGUGGAGGACCAGAACCAGCAUGGAACUCAGAUCCAGGAGACUCUUCUGAGAUUGAAGUCAGUGAUGGGGACUGGGAGGAGACCAGAGAACCUGCGUCAGGUUCCAACUCUCUGAAUAAUGAUGAAGUUUCUGUCAGUGAUUCCAGAUAUAGUGCUGGAGAGAAACCAUUUAGCUGCUCUGACUGUGGGAAAAGAUUUGGCCUCAAGGGAAAUCUGAAGAGACACAUAAGAACUCAUACAGGAGAGAAACCAUUCAGCUGCUCAGUUUGUAAGAAGUCUUUUGCACGGAGUGGAGAUUUACAGUUACAUAUGAGAAUCCACACAGGAGAGAAACCAUACAACUGCUCGGUUUGUAAUAAAUCUUUUACACGCAGUGGAGACCUUCCAACACACAUGAGAAUCCACACUGGAGAAAAACCUUUCAGUUGUUCAGUUUGUGAUAAAAGAUCUUUACGCAAGACACAUCUGAACAGACACAUGAUGACUCAUACAGGAGAGAAACCAUUCACUUGCUCAGUAUGUGACAAAAGAUUUACAAUAAAAGCAAAUAUGACGCACCACAUGGCGGUCCACAGAGGAGAGAAACGUUUCAGGUGCAGUGUUUGUAACAAAAGAUUUGCUUGGCAUCGACAGUUCAAAAAACAUAAAUGUGUUAAUCCUCAGUCCUCACAGCUUCAUCAAACUCAGACUGAGGAGAACAAAGAGGAAGAACCUCCACCCGGCAGCUCAACUGAACACAUGGAAACAGAAGCUGAUGGAGAGGACUGUGGAGGACCAGAACCAGACAGGAACUCAGAUCCUGAUGUGAAGACUGGAGACUCUUCUGAACCUGAGACUGAUGACAGUGAUGAUUGGAAGGAGACCAGAGAACCUCAGUCAGGUUUAAACUCUCUGAAUAAUGACCAAUGUAUUAAUUAAAAGUG